GAAAUCAUUUCUAUUCACUGUUCUGGCCAUGUGCCUAGUCAUUACGGUGGCUUUGGGCCAACCCAUGCCCAAUCCACUGGAAGCCCAGGUGCAAAGUGUUGUCGAUGACAUGACUCAGGUGGGCAAAAAUGCUGGCGACCAAUUGGUCCAUCAGUAUGAGGAAAUUAUUGUCGAACCGCAACAGCAAUUGGAGGAGGCAGUCGAACAGAUUGAGGCCCGCCGCGAAUCCAAUCCCGAGUGUGUGGCCGCGCAGGAUGAACAAUUGGCUCUGGUCUUGGAUGCAGCUCACGAUGAAUUGCAUUCUUGCGGUGUAGUGGCUGCCCAUACAUCGGCUGAGAUUGCUUCCGAUGUCAAUCAGGCCACCCAACAAUUGGUCUACGGUGGCUAUAAUCUUGGACGGACUUACCAAAAGUGUCAAGCAUACAAAAAUACAGUCCUGAAGCAAUCAUGCAUGGCUAAAUUUUAUAUUCAGGGCAGUGUUUAUCUGAUUAAUGCUCGUUAUUCGAUCAAGACCAUCAAGAAGUCGACGAAUGAACGUAUUCCCGCCGUCUUCAGCGAUGGCAAUGCCUGCACUCAUCAGGCCUCCGAAGAGGCAAUCCUGGCUAUAGAUGAGAUCAAUCGCAGCAUUGAUGCCUGUGUGGCCAAGGCCUAAAAAACGUUAAUGAAAAUAAAACUGAAUAAAUAAAAAAUGUAAAUAUUGAAA